AUGUCCAACGACCGUUCUACCUCUCCUAUCAACGUCCCCGAAUCUGACUCCCGCCCCAGGCGAGGAUCCAUCGCAUCCGGUCUCCCCUUCACCGACCUCUUUUCGAAGCAGAACAAUCAAUCUGCCAAGGACGCUGCCAACGCCCAGACGAACCAGCGACGCCUGUCGAUCACUACGCUGGGCCUUUCCGGCUCACCAACCCAAACGUCCGCUUUCGGAAAUAGGUCCUUCCGUCGGGGUAGCCUAUCCAGCUCAUGGGGCUCGAGUGUCCCCAACGAAGAUGUUGUCGCAGAGGAUCCAGAGGGAGGCUCCCCAAGCUCCCCAUUCGCCCGGCGGGUUUCCUUUGGAGCCCAGGCUCUACGGGAUGCUCGGUCUGGCAGUAUAAGCAAUGGUAGAAUACCCCCUGGUUCAUUACCGGCAGCGCGGCCAACUGCCCGCUCCCCUGCAAGUACCGCCACUUCUUCCCAGGAUGAGAGAUCUAACGUGUCUCGCCGAGUAGGCGAAGGCUUUAAUUGGUCCGAGGCCCUCCGCUCCCGUGCCGAGCGUGCCCCUUCCCUCGGUGGCCCCGUCUCCCCGCAGUCGGCCCGUCAGUCGCACCAUCAGCGUGCUGCCUCCAUUGCCUCCAUGGAGCAGCCUAUUCGGGAAAUCCCUAAGCAGCCCAAGCAAAAGAAGCCUGAUUUCUUCCAGGAGAAGAUCCUGCGUGGUGACUUUAUGGACUAG